GCUCUGACUACUACCAGUCUUUCUCGGACUAUCCCGAUCUCUGCAUCUCUACCGUCCUUCUUUUUUUAAACGACUCUCAACCCCAACAUCAUGACUUUUGAGGAAGUUGCCAUUGAGAAGCCCAUCGAAAGAGUUCAGGGCACUGGUAACGCUCUGGAGGAGAUUUUGGUGUCUGCCAAAACGAACGAGUGUCUUACCGUCGGCGUUUACGAAUCUGCGAAAGUGAUGAAUGUUGAUCCUGACAGCGUGUCGUUCUGCGUCCUGGCCAUGGAUGAAGAGUUCGAGUGCGAUAUCGCGCUUCAAAUCCACUUCACUCUCAUCCAAGCUUUCUGCUUCGAUAACGACAUCAGCAUCGUGAGAGUGAACGACGUACAACGUCUAGCUGAGAUUGUCAGCGCUAAAGAUGAAACUGAGGACUGUCACUGCCUCCUGAUCACGAGUCCAGCUGAUGGUUCGUGGGAAGAUCCAGCUCUGGAGAAGCUGCACAUGUUCUGCGAAGAAAGCCGUCGCUCCAACGACUGGCUUCCAGAGAUCACUCUGCCAGCUCGCUGAUCUGUUGACGGGAAUCUUCUCACUCGAGAGGCUUUUAACCCCUAAUGGAAAUACAUCCAUUCUUUAAAUAAAGGAUGAUGAUGGAUCUUCUCAUCCCUGGAUGCUUCUGAGGAGGCUCUGAUGCAGUCCAGGCAGCGCGGGGUAUGCAGGCCCGAAGUGGCCUUUCGCCCCACGGAUCCGUCGCUUCUCGUCCCGUCCAUGCCAAGAUGGUCCUCCUUCUUUAUGUGAACGAGGCCGGGCAUGCCACGAGAGCGACCCAGCGGCCCUCAUUCUUUGUGCGGAUGAGGUUUGGAGAGGAAGGAGAAAGCGAGUUUGUGUUCCCACAGCAGCACAAAUUUCGCAUUAAGCGUUAGACACGCGGAGGACGCGGUGGUGCGUUGUAGCGACGUUUUGAGAAAAAUGGACUUUAACACCAGGGACAUUUUUUUGGUUUCAAAACGUAUUUGCCGCACAGUAUAACGUACCUUAUUGUCGGCAAAGUGCUUCUUUCCACUUUCCAGAAUUGUCUUAUUCUCUAAAGGUUUAACUUUAGAAAUAUUUAUGACAAGAAAUGAAAUCUAAAGGUUUCACUUUAGAGAAAAUAAAAUAAUAAUAAUAAUAAUGAUAAUAAUAAUAAAAUAAUAGCAAAAACAGUUUAGAAACUGAUUGUCAUUGAAGAAAAAAAUCUAAUAAAUAAAAAAAACGAAUGUUGUUGUAAAAUGUGAUUUUAAAGAAUGAAAGAAAACAUGAAUAAACUGAUGAAA